GACAUCUCUUCUCAUUCUAUUUCACCAUUUUAGGUUUUUUUCUUUACAGUGAAUCUGGGUUCUCCAUCACCAGUGCUGGAUUUUUUUCUUCCUCCUCUUCUCUCUCUCUCUCAAUCCUUCGAAAAUCAAACUUCUUCAUUCCUUUCCCCACUCAUCCUUUUUCUUUCUUCUUUUUCUUUUUUCUUCUUCUUCCUCUCCCAAUCAAACCCAGAUUUGGGUUUUUCUCAAACCCAGAUCUAGGUUUUUCUCAAAUCCAACUGUCCUACGAAAUGGAUAAACUUGGUGUGCAAGAGCCGCCACUCGCAAGACUCGCUGCACAAGCACAUGGUGGAUCUCGAAAUGGAUCUCGAAAUGAAUCUUCAGAUGGUCUCUGAAGAGAUUGCUGCCUCUCUCGAGGAGCAGAGCGCUUCCGCCCUUCUCCGUGUCCCUCGUGCCACCCGUGACGUCCUCCACCUCUGUGAUGAUGCCGUUUCCCUCCGCAAUUUCAUUGCUGGAAUCCUUAACAAGCUCAAGAAGCUGAAUUUUGAAAUUGAAGGCGGAAGGCUACUCAACGGAAUCUAAGUUGUUAAUGCAUGGUUCUCUGGUUUACAUCUAUUGAACAGGAUGCUGCAGGGUUAACACAAUGGAGAUCUGAGUUUUAGAUCUGGGUUCCAGCCAUGUGCAGGAUGAAAGAGGAGAAGAAAAACCCAGAUCUGGGUUUGAUUUGGAAAGGAAGAAGGGAGAAGAGAGAGAACAAGAAUAAAAAGGAAAAAUAUGA